AUGCUGAUACAGUUCAUUGGAAUAGUCAUUGGAACCCUAACUCUAUGUCAAGCAGAGCUUCAUCGGUAUGAAUUCAAUGUAACUUCCGGCUCUGUCAAUCCUGAUUGUUUUGAGAAGGGUGUGGUUGUUCCUCAUAUUAACGGUCAAUUCCCCGGCCCAACAAUUCAUGCUCAAGUAGGCGAUGAACUGGAAAUUCUUGUCCGAAAUCAAUUAGAAAGCUACAACACAAGUAUUCAUUAUCAUGGUAUUCGACAAAUCGGAUCUGCAGAAUCGGAUGGUGUACCUGGUGUAACACAACACCCAAUCAGUCCAGGAGAUUCUUACCUACAACGGUUCAAGGUAACACAACAGGCGGGUACUUAUUUCUACCAUGCACAUGUUGGAUUACAAGAUGACUCUGUUCAAGGCUCAUUUAUUGUUUACGAGUCCGAUACUGCUAACCCUAAAAAAGUAGCCCCUAACACUUUAUUGAAAGCUGGUCCUUAUGAAUAUAAAAAAGAUAUCUUACUUCAAUUGAGCGAAUGGUGGCACGAAGAAUUAGACAGUAGACAGGAUUAUUACACCAGUAAAAAAUUCACCUAUGAUCAUGGUUCCGAUAGUAUUUUAAUCAACGGUCGUACAGUCCACGACCCAACUGCCAAUUCGGAAAAAAGUUGCCAAGGUUAUACAACGUUUGAUGUAGAACCAAAUACUACUUACAGGUUAAGAGUAAUUGGUGCUAAUUCAUUCAGAACAUUGGCUCUGGCUAUUAAGGAACACAAUAUGACAAUGAUCGAAGUGGACGGAGAAUUAGUUCACCCUUAUGAUACUUCUUUCCUAGAAAUUACUCCCGGUCAAAGAUUUUCGGUAUUGCUCAAAACUGCCGAUCACCCUCCAGGAACUACCUUUGCUAUCGGUACCAGCUACCUUUGGCGCCAACGGGGUCGUGGUAUUACUGAAAAUGGUUUUGGUUAUAUUCGUUAUGUUCGUCCAGAAGAUGUUACAGAUGAGAAUAAUUCUUUCUUGUUUAAACCCAUCAGAAAAUGGGCCAACAACAAGCAUAAUUUUAACAAAGAGGGCAAUUUCAACAAAAGAGCGGAGUGGUUGGGCGCUGAGCGUGCUGCUGUUGAUCAUAGUCCAAAGGCUGAUGCUGGUUCUGAACACAAGGGAGGUAAUCAUGGGGCUGAUGAACACAGUGGUGGUGAACAAAAAGAUGAUGGUCAUAAAAAAGGUGACCGUGCUAACGGUGAGCAUAAAGGCAAAGAAGGCAAAGAAGGCGGAGGAGGUCGCCCUGGAGGUGGUGGUGGUGGUGGUGGUGGGCGACCCAAAAAAGUUGUCAAGACGUACGUUGAUUUACCUACUUUCCCCAAGAUGGAUGAGCCUGACUGGGUUUGGCGUCAAUUAAUCCCCUUGGCAGAACGUGACCCUAUUCUUGAUGAAACCGAUGUUCGUACAAUUAAGCUUCACACUACAAGUGUAAAGUUGGCCGAUAAUACGACUCAUUACCUGAUCAACCAACGGUUUGCUCCUAUGCCAGCAUUACCACUUGUCAGCAAUUUUCAAUCACUUGGUGCAGCCAAUUACUCUGACGACGAUCAACAGUUUAAUAGUGUCCUUAAUACAUACCAUGUAUCACAUAAUGAAGUUGUUGAUUUCGUCUUUCAGAAUACAAAGAAUGCAAUCGGGGGAUGCCUUUUACACCCUUGGCAUACACAUGGCCACUCUCAUUACGUGAUUGCUUCUGGAGUCGGUAGUUAUGAACAUGAUCUCGAUAAAGAUAUUCGUAAUUUUGAGCAUCCAUUGCUAAAAGACACCACUGUCGCUUACCCUUCUAUACCUUCUAAUGAUACUGACGGCUGUGGAUGGACUAAAGUCCGAAUUAUUGCUGAUAACCCUGGGUUUUGGGCAAUCCAUUGUCAUAUUACCACGCAUAUGAUUCAAGGAAAGAUGAUCAUCCUUGAAGAGGCACCUGAAUUAAUUUCAGAACAUAGUCUUUAUGCAAGACUAGAUUAA